UUAGAUAACCUGAUAUUUAUAUUCUCAAAUUUCAGUUAAGGAGGUGAUACAUUCGAUUUUAAUAAUAUUUUAUUUAAGAAUCCCUUUUAAUUAAGAAUAACAAGCAUAAAUUAACAUGGGUCCGAUCGGGGCCAGUCAUGGUUAUCUCUUUGCGCAGCGCUUGAGCCCCGAUCGGGCAUCGCGUUUCAUUUCGAGUCUGGCCCCAUCUAGAUGGCCUGAUUUGGGCCAAACUCUGCCCGGUCUGACCCCGGUCAGAUCCAAAUUAGAAUUUCUGCACGGGACGUUGAAUAAGUGAUUAAAUCAUUCAUUUGUACUUUCUAUAUUUUUUUAAUCAUCAGCAUAUCAUAAACAUUAUAUUUUUAUUGACAAAUUUCAAUUUUUUAUUUUCAUGUACGAGUUGUUAAAUGGUUUUUUUAAAAACUUAACAGAACUUGUUGUGAAUUCAAUCUCGGAAGUUAUCACUUCGUUUGUAAUUGUACAAUUAGUUGGUGUGCUGAUUUAAUUAAUGAUUUUUGUUAUAUUUAAAUGUGUGUUCUUUUUAAAUUAUGUCCUUAAUGAGCCGACAAUACAAUUUUCAAAGAAUCCUCUGACAUUUUACUUCGAGAAUUUUCUGGGGCAAUUCGAGGGUCGUGGACUUGUAGUUUUUUAUGUAUAUUUCUAGUAAAAAACGAAAAUAGAGAUAUAAAAUAAAAGAAAACAAGAUAUCAUGGUUGAUUUAAAACAUCAAAUUCUAAUUAUUUUGAAUGAUAAAGUUAAUUAAGAAGCAGAUUCACUGUAAGUGUGGCAUUAAUUUUUUGCUUGCCUUUUUUCAUUUUCAAAUACAAAUAACUGUCAAUAAUUCGACGUUUGUCGAGAGAUUAAUGGACCUUAGUUUUGAAACAUAAAUUAAGAAAGAUAACAAUAAUAGCUACAUAUAUGUAUAUAUUUUAAAUGAACAUUAAAAUACAUUAAUAUGAAGAUUAACAUAGUAUUUCUUUAUUAAUUUAAGGACUAUAAUGUAAGCAUGUAAAGUCUCGAUUUUAGUGGAGGUUUUGUACACGUGCCACACUUAUCAUUAAUGACACAAAAUCUCGAACUUUUGAGAUACAACGAAAUAAAAUAAAAAGUUCAUCUUCGUUCUGAUGUUUGCUAAUUAAAUGAGGGGACAAUUAAAAACAGAAGGACCAAUAAUAAUUUUGGCUUAAUAUUUAAAAAACAAGAAUUUUCUCAAAUAUUUCAAAUAACAUUAAUCAAAGUAUAAAUUUUGAAUUUUGUGUCGCAUUUACGUAUAUUGACCAAAUACUUUAUCUUAUCUGGACUGUAAUAACGUCGAACAGUUUCGUAAUUUAAUCAGACAUAAACGCGCAAAACUUUUUAUAGAUGUUUAUUCAUGUAUUUCCUCAUUUUUUAGAUUACCUCAGGAGGUACCUAUAAUAAUCACUUCGAAAAAAUAGAAAUUCUGUUAUUCAGUAAAAAAUAAUUUUUCUCUAUAUAAGAAAUACUUUUCAGUUUUACUAAGUAAGAAAACAAUAAAAAAUGAAGUUCGCAAUUCCUCUGUUGUCCUUACUUAUUAUCUCAGGUUUUCCUGGCAACAACUUGGGCCGUAAAGUAGAAAUAAUGGAUCCUAUUAACUCGGCUCUUUUAAGACAGUACAGUUCAGUUUGCUAUGUAAACGGCAAACGUGCCGGUACAGAAAGGGAUAGAUUAAUUGCAGCUUGUCGUAAAUUGCAAACAAAAAUAAGAGAUACAGCGAAUACUAAAAAAACAACAGCACACGACUUAAUGAAGCCGAUGUGCCUACAGAGUAGCACUAUUAAAUCUUUAUCACAAGAUUUAGUCAAUAAUGUCUGCAUUUCGAAAAAGCAAUCAUCACAAAUUGUACUCGAUCUUGUUAAAGAUAUUUGUGACACGAUUUUGACACUGAUUAUAGGUGGAGGUCCAGGAAUUGAGUUAGUCAUUGGUAAUCACUACUGAGGAAGAACCUUGAAGUAACCAUUUAAAAAAGUACACUGCUCGAAUACAUUUAUUGUUAAAAUUUUAAAUAGACAUUCUUGAAUAUAUCCUCAGCAAUUAUUUAAAUAUUAUUGAGAAUUAGGUUUAAAGAAAAAGAGAAAAAGCGACAGAGAAAAAUAAUCUUUUCGAUAAUAUGUGUAGGUUAAGCCUGCUAUGGUGAGAUCCCAAGCUUAAAUAUUAUUUUUAGAAAAUAAAAGCUUUUGAAACAUUUUA